CUCAUUUUCAUUUAUACGAAAUGUUUGUAGUCGACAUAUUCUAGCGUCAGCAUUAAACGCGUCCGAUAAACAGAGUCCGCAGCGACCGUUCGCCGUCGGUGCGACAUUAAUUACAUUAGAGUUCAAGUUGCCUGGCGGACUCGAGCGCGUCGGUCGGCCGUCGCGAGCCCCCGCGCAUGGGCACUCUCCCACAGCCGGGCUGCUUGUCGCUCCAGAUCAGCGGUGCUCGGUCGCCAGCGGCGGGCCAGUGCGGAGCCGGAGCGAGGGGCGGCGGGAUUCGAGGCAGUUCGCAGCAGUCGCUUCCAGGAGGAUGGACGCCGAGAUGUGUAGUGGCUGCGCGUGUUAACCUUCAGCAACGGGAGUUUGUCCUACUUUAGAGAGACGCACGGAGAGAGAGAGAGAGAGAGAGAGGGGGGCUCAGAUCUGCGUGAACUUCACCAGCCUUUGGAAGCAGUGAAAGCAGCGCUUUCUUCAGGCGUGUUGGUUCUUUAUGGACGCUAUCGCUCCAGCGCUCUUCACGCAGUCAACGGGGUGUGUGUGAGCAGAGGUGGACGCUGCUGUGGGACUCUGGGGAUGCGUAAAGUCUCCAUCCGUCCUGGAUAUCUGCAGCGUAUUGGGAGCUGCUCUCUGGGUCUUUGUGCGAGGUACGACAAAAAGUGUGUGUCCUGGGCGUGUGUUCGCCAUGGCUCUAGUUCAGGCACUGCCUGUGCCCACUGAUCACCCCAAACCCAGUGCUGACGUCCAGCAGUGCUGCUCAGUGUCUCACUCGCCCACCGUAGCUGCGGCAAGCACCAUGGGCUCCGUCAGCAGCCUCAUCUCUGGACGUACCUACCAGGAACGUCACUGCCGAGCUGCCAGCGACUUUGGUGCCAAGUAUCGCAAACCCACACCAGCUACGAGCUGCUUCAGACAGCAGGAGGGCACGCUGCGCAGUGCCAGCUCACAGGAGCAGCUUCUCACCAGCCAGCCUCCUUUGCCUGCUAAGAACAGGUCCUCUGCACUUAUCUCUGCUGGCAAUGGCAACUAUGGCUAUUUGAGUGACGAGCCAGUGGGUGACUGGAAUGAUAAUCAUGUGACCACGUGCAGCCCGUCCAGUGAUACAGAAGAGCCUCCUGAUAACAGAGGCAUGAAUGGUAACAUUGGUGGUCCACCUCCCAAACUCGUCCCAGUGUCAGGCAGGCUGGAAAAGAGUAUGGAGAAGAUACUGAUCCGUCCCACUGCCUUUAAACCUGUCGUGCCCAAGAAUCGUAACUCCAUGCAGUACCUGUCUCCACGGUCAGGGGGCAGUUUGUCUGAAAGCCAGGGCAGCCUCAACCUCUUACUUCCUGGCACUGGAGCAGGGUUGGGCUGUACGGAGAAGCGCAACUCUUACAGCGGUGGGCGCAAUGCACGGAGUAGCCAGUCCUGCACUAUGUCCGACUCAGGCCGCAACUCACUCUCCAGCCUACCCACCUACAGCAGCACAGGGUACAGCCUGGCUCAGAGCGAGGUACCCACCGGGCACAUGGAAAGCACUCGCUCUGGCGGUGGCCACGGACACUCCAACUCUGACAGUGGUCGGUCAUCAUCCAGUAAGAGCACGGGGUCUUUAAGUGGCCGUGGUCAGCCCCUCUCAGACAGCGGAUCGUGUGGCCGCUCCCCGGCUCCUGGAGAGGGGUAUGAAGGCGUCAUUAGGGAACUUGAGGAGAAGCUGAGGGAAAGAGACCUGGAGCUGCAGCAACUCAGGGACAACCUGGAUGAGAACGAGGCAGCCAUCUGUCAGGUGUAUGAGGAGAAACAGAAACGUUGCGAGCAAGAGCUGGAGGACCUUCGGCAGAGUUGCGCAUCGAAAAUGAAGCAGGUGCAGCUGAAGGCACAGCGGGCACAACAGGUCCUGCAGUUGCAGGUGUUUCAGCUGCAGCAGGAGAAGAAGAAACUGCAAGAGGACUUCUCCCAACUGCUUCAGGAACGGGAGGCGUUGGAGAAGAGAUGUGCCUCUUUCGAGAAGGAGCAGACUCAGCUAGGUCCUCGUCUAGAAGAGACAAAGUGGGAGGUCUGUCAGAAGUCAGGUGAGAUCUCUCUACUGAAGCAGCAGCUGAAGGACGUACAGGCUGAUCUUGGCCAGAAGGCCAGCGAGAUUAUUGCUUUGAAGGCCCAGUUGAGAGAGGCUCGUUCAGAGCUCCAAGCUAGCCAGGCUCGCUCACAGGAAGCACACGCCACAGCCCGCACUCGUACACUCGAACUUGAGGUUUGUGAGAACGAGCUACAGCGGCGUAAAAGCGAAGCGGAGCUCCUGCGAGAGAAGGUGGGCCGUUUGGAGGAAGAGUCUCACCGGCUUAAAGAGGCCCUGGCAGUGCCCCCGUCCCAAACUCUUCCUUCUAAGGGCCAAUGCAUGAGCUUGCCCCUUCCCCAAAGUCGUGGAGGAAUUGCACAUGGGAUCAGCCCUGCUUUCCGGGACAACGGCAGUGAAGAGCAGUUUCUGGCAUACGAGAGCGAUGAAGCCAAGGUACAGCGUCAGAGCGUGGAUGUACUUCACGGCCUCCGUCAGCAGGUGGACCGACUGAGGGCUGAGCUGAUGUAUGAGAGGAGGCGGAGUGAGGACCAGAUGGAGGCCUUUGAGGAUGAACGCAGGGUGUGGCAGGAGGAGAAAGACAAGGUGAUCCGUUACCAGAAGCAGCUGCAGCAGAACUACAUCCAGAUGUACCGCAGAAAUCGAGACCUAGAACGUGUGAUGAGGGAACUUAGCCUUGAGCUGGAGAACAGGGACAUGGAGGAGUUUGACAUGCGUAGCAAUGAGAUCCAUUUCGAGGAGAUCACUGCCACUGAAAUCUAACCCACAUCUCACCCAAAAUGAAUUUCCACUGUGCUUGUGUGAGAAGCACUGGCCUUCACUGCAUUUGGCAUGCUUCUCCACACUAUUUCAGAAAGACUUGUGUUCAAGGCAAGUUAUUGUCGUGAUGUCCGUAGAGGCCAAUAAAAAAUGGAACGUUUGUAUUUAGACAUCUUUAUGAUCACUUCCUGCCUCGGAAACUUGUGAGGGACUUCAGAUGAAUGUACAAUGACUGUGAACAGCAGUUAAUUGAUGCCACUGGUUAAGGGAAGGAUGUCCUCAAAGAUGGUGCUUUGUUCCUGACAAACCCCUAAAGUACAACUAGGGCUGUAAUGUAGCUUAAUUCUGAAAAAAAGCCAUUUAUCCCCCAUUGAUCUAAAACAGUUUUUCCAUUUAAAAGCAUAAAGACAGUGUUGCAGAAUGCAGAGCUCUCAAGAUGUUACUUUCAAAGUGCAACUACUUUGAAUUGUAAGAUGUUGACAUAAACAAACAGCGGCCAAAGACAUUUGUAGCAUGGAGAAAAUGCUACAAUGUGUCCUAAGUGAACUACCUUGGGCAGAUUGACAGAUCUCAUUUCUAAAUAGGUUGAUAUUAACUGCAGACCAAUGAUGGGCUCAAUUAUAUCAACAUAAAAAACUACGAAUGUCCGUUCAAUACGUUACAUGCCUGCUUUUUUCUCAACAAAUAUUGUUGUAUGCAGUUAUUUAGGAUAAAACUGAUUAUUAAACUGGCAGCUUCAGUUCAGUUCAGUUCAGUUUAAUGGAAUACCUUACACACACUCUGACAAGACUGACAACGGUAUAUACUUAAAUGGACAUGAGGUUGAAGAAACAAUGGAAAGAAAUACAGCAUGUAGACUAAGGGUUUUAUGGAGUUUCUCACAUCCUAUAUAGUACAGAGCACACUACUUGCCUCGCCCAUUGUACCAGCAUUAAAACUGAUGGGAAGAGACUUGGAGGCACUCUAUUGAGCAUCUCGCGUUAAGUCACAAAAUCUGUAGUUUUGUUGCGUUCAUUUACUCGGUGUUCUAGUUGUGCAGGUCCUCAAUAACAUUGUGUCAUAUCUUCUCAGCUAUUUACGGCACUAUGCAGCAAGAACUGUCACCUCUCAUCUCACAGCCCUGCUGCUUACGCUACAUUUGAUACUAAUCACUGAUGUAGAAGUGUUAUUUUUAUAAUUAGAUGAUAUAAUAGCAGAUAUAACUAGCAAAUAUAUUUUUCCUUUUGUUUGUGAGUAUUGCCAUGCACACUGUACAGAGUGAAUAGCAUGUGUGCAUGACACCGUAGCAUUUCUGUGGCCAGAGAGUCUGGCGUCGAGUCACGUUAUGGCAUCAAACAGGUACACUGGUUGGUUUUUCCCAACCGGUUCUGCUCUGUAAUGACAUAGUUGAUGAAUGCAUAGAUAUUAUUAUUAUUAGAUUUGCAUACAAUCUGAGAAAUACUAAUCAAAUGUUUGUGGUCAUUUUGUUAAAGGGAUAUAUAUACACUAUAUAAACUAGUUGUUUUUACAGAACAGAUUCUUUAAAAAAAGAGAGGAACAAUUAAAUAUAUAUGAUGUAUAUUUUUAUAUAUAGCACCUCAAGCUAUUUUGUGGUAACACAGGUAACUUUGUGGGUUUAACAAAAUAAAUAUGAAUUGCAUAUUUCACACCUUUUUGUCCAGAGGGGUCAUUUGCCAUAGCAUGUUCAUGGGGAGCUCUGACAGCAUUUCAUACAGUAGUUAGUGCUUUCAUAUUCUUGGGGUAUUUAGUAUGCCCUUGUCUGAGCAUGACAUGCAGUAUUAUUACAUCAUUUUUGAGCAUGUUGUAGAAAGUGUCAGAACAUUUCCUGACGAGGUCAUGCUUGAGACAUUAGCUUUUUUGACAUCAGGGAAGACAGAAGAAACUGAGGAACUCUCACUGCAAAAUCACAUUUUUAUCCAUCGCAACCAAAGAUAAUCCGUUAUGUAUUCUUCAUAUUAUCUUUAGCAGAAUAUAGUUACAUACAUAUGCACAUUUUUCAUUCAGUGCUUCCUUUUUUGUAUAAAGCAGUGUAAUACUCUCAGUGAUCCUACAGUAAAACAGACACUUUAUUUAUGUGAUAAUGAUCAGUUGUAUUUUUUUCAUUCAAAGCCAAAUUAUUUCAUUAUUGGUCAGAAUGGUUCACUGUUUAUGAUUAGUAUAGUCUUGUAUCGCUUCUGUUCAUUUUUGACAUUUUCUACAUUCAUUAUUGACUACCUGAUAUAAGUCAUAAGAUAUGAUGCCAUAUUUUUCCUUUCUGCUCAGAUUAUCACCCCCUUUGUUGUCAGGUUCAUCUCGGUAGCGCAGAUAUUUUAUUAUUAGUGUAUGAAAAGAGCUCUCUUACCCCUGGACAAUGUCCUGUGCAUUCCUUCCAGACAUGUCAAUCACUCCCCUGAAAAAUACAUGUGUAAAUAUUCCUCAUAUUGUAAUAUUAUUAAGAUAUUCAAUAUAUUUGUUUUUACACACACACAAAAUAUCUUGAAGGUGUAACCACUGUGAAUAGACCAAAGCGAAUUAACGUUUAAUCUUUUUGCCCUCAUGUAUGUGCUCGUGUAUGUUUCUUUUGUCAAUCUGUAGUCUUUGUAGUCAUGUAUGUAUAUUUUCCUGUUGUAUAUUUCUUGUAAAAAUGUGUUUUUAAUUAAAGAAAGUUGCCUCAU